UCCUCUGGGGAGCCUCAACAACCUCAUGAUGCUGACGAGGCAGAGAAGAGUCUCUCCAGAUCAGAACACCUCAAGAAACACCUGCAGAGACCCACAGGGAGGAGAACUCACUGCCGCUCUGACUGGGAAGAGAUUCACCUCAUCAGGCAUUACAAUUCAUCAGAGAACACACACAGGAGAGAAAUCGUAUAGCUGUGGGCAAUGUGAGAAGAGUUUUAGUCGAUUUGGCCAUCUGACAUUACACCAGAGAACACACACAGGAGAGAAACCUUAUAGAUGUGCUCAAUGUGGGAGGAGUUUUGGUAGAUCUGGCCAGCUGACAUCACACCAGAGAAUACAUACAGGAGAGAAAUCUUAUAGCUGUGAUCAAUGUGGGAAGAGUUUUGGUGCAUCUUGCUAUCUGACAGUGCACCAGAGAAUACACACAGGAGAGAAACCUUAUAGCUGUGGUCAAUGUGGGAAGAGUUUUGGUAGAUCUGGCCAGCUGACAUCACACCAGAGAAUACACACAGGAGAGAAACCUUAUAGCUGUGAUCAAUGUGGGAAGAGAUGUACUACAUCAUACUCUCUGACUGUACACCAGAGAAAACACACAGGAGAGAAACCUUAUAGCUGUGGUCAAUGUGGGAAGAGUUUUAGUUUUGGUAGAUCUGGCCAGCUGACAUCACACCAGAGAAUACACACAGGAGAGAAACCUUAUAUCUGUGCUCAAUGUGGGAAUAGUUUUACUACAUCAAGCAAUCUGACUUCACACCAGAGAACACACACAGGAGAGAAACCUCAUAGUUGUGAUCAAUGUGGGAAGAGUUUUACGACAUCAAGCAAUCUGACUUCACACCAGAGAACACACACAGGAGAGAAACCUUAUAGCUGUGAUCAAUGUGGGAUGAGUUUUACUAUAUCUAGCUCUCUGACUUCACACCAGAGAACACACACAGGAGAGAAGCCUUAUAGCUGUGAUCAAUGUGAGAAGAGUUUUACUACAUCUUGCUAUCUGACUGUACACCAGAGAACACACACAGGAGAGAAGCCUUAUAUCUGUGAUCAAUGUGGGAAGAGUUUUCCUACAUCUAGCCAGCUGACUUCACACCAGAGAACACACACAGGAGAGAAACCUUAUAUCUGUGAUCAAUGUGGGAUGAGUUUUACUACAUCAAGCCAUCUGACUGUACACCAGAGAACACACACAGGAGAGAAACCUUAUAGUUGUAAUCAUUGUGAGAAGAGGUUUCCUACAUCUAGCCAGCUGACUUCACACCAGAGAACACACACAGGAGAGAAACCUCAUAGCUGUGAUCAAUGUGACAAGACAGUGCUGAAAGUCUACAUCAGCUACAUCCGAUCCUUCUUUCAGUACGUUAACAACGUAUCUGGACUGACAUCAACCAGCAAUAGACAGUCAACCAUUGGCCAGAAGUUCAUUAACAGAGCCACUCACAACCCAUCACUGAAGGAAGCCGUGGGACAAAUGGACCACAGAUACACCGUAAUGCUGAAACUGGCGUAG